CUGAGGGGCUGCAGUUUGUUAGAGAUGAGACUCAACUCUCUGUCCACUGCGCUGAAGUCCAACCCGUCUCACCUGACCGAGCUGGACCUGAGUAAUAACUACCUGCAGGGUUCAGGACUGAAGCAGCUGUGUGGUCUCCUGCAGAGUCCGAACUGCAGACUGAAGACUCUGAGUAAAUUUCAGUUCAGUUUCAUCCUUGAUCUGCAUCCUUCACUCAGACUGAGGGGCUGCAGUUUGUCAGAGGACAGCUGUUCCUCUCUGUCCUCGGCGCUGAAGUCCAACCCGUCUCACCUGACCGAGCUGGACCUGAGUGAUAACUACCUGCAGCCUUCAGCAGUGAAGCAGCUGUGUGGUUUCCUGCAGAGUCCGAACAGCAGACUGAAGACUCUGAGGAUCGACGGCAAAGUGUUGACAGCCAAGAAACCCCAGACAUGUGACUCUGACGUCAAAGCCAACGUGAAGACAAAUCUCCAUGAGGACGACAGACAGGCUCUGUUAUCCUUCUCACCCGAAUACACGGCCGAAUCUUCAUACAGGUUCAGGUGUCCCGGUCCAGGUGUGUUCCGGUGUGAUCUGACCGGACUGGUGUUUGUUAUGACUCAGGAGGCGGAGCUGCUGUACAGGGCCGUCCAGUGGGAUGAGCGCGUCCUCCGGCCGGCGGGGAAGACGCCUGCGGGGCCGCUGUUUGAAAUCAAGUGUUCAGAGGACGCUGCCGUCUGUCAGCUGCACCUCCCACACUGCGAGACAAAGGACGCGUUGCUGGUUGACGGCCUGUUGUCGGUCGUCCACGUCACCGAUGACGGGACGAGCGUCUUGGAGCCCCUGGAGAUCACAGACACUCACGUGGCCGUGAAGGUCCCAAACCUCUCUGCCUUCGGCCUGGUCUGGGAUUUUGUUAAAAGGUUUCUUAACGUCACACUCCCAAUAAAUGGCCAAGUUCUGCUUUUCCUCCGACCUCCGUACGAGGAUCAACGAGUGCUGGACAUAUUUCUGCUGCAGGACAACAUCCCAGUGCACGAGGUUGCCAUCCAGCAGGGAGCUGCUGAGCAGAUCAAGAUCUCCUCCAACUGUCACCUCAGCUUCGGUCAGAGUUACAGCGUCCAAUGUGAACCCGAGGGCUUCAUCAUCCAGCCGGAGCACGAAGCUUUUCAGACAAGGUGUGGACCAAACUUCCAUCCAACAUUUGAAGUUUUCCUGAAUAAAAACACAAAGACGGUGACUCUGAUGGUGCGGGACCAGGAGCGGUCAGACGUGUGGAAACGUCACGUGUUACUGACAGGUCCAAGAGGGGAACUGCCACAGACAGACGUCCCAUCAGAGGACAGUGUCCCAUCAGAGGACAGUGUCCCUGCUUACGAGAGGCUGCUCUCAAUUCGGAUGCAGUUUAUUAACGGAGUGUCUGAGCCGGUUCUGAACCAGCUUCUGGAUAAACUUCUUCAGUGCCGCGUGAUAAACGACGCUGAGAUGCAGUUGACCGGAAUAAAAGCCCGAGCAGAAAAAGCACGAGACGUCAUCGACACGGUGCGGAGAAAGGGUGCCGUAGCGUGCUGGGCUCUGGUGGCGGCUCUCCGUGAGGUGGAUCCGUGCUUCUCCAGAGCGCUCAGCUUCAGCUGAAGCCAAACAGAGAAACUUUGCAGGGUGACGAUGAUCAUGGUUGUUUCGGGUUUCGGGCGGGCGUGGUUAUGCAGGACGUGGCAGUGGGCGUGGUUAUGCAGACGUGGUGGUGCACGCGUCACAGAGCUCAGUAAACAUCUCCUCAGCUCGCAGUGUUGGCUCGCAGUGAUGCUGAAACUUUCUGAAAACAGUACGACGCAACCAAUGCAAUGUUUUAGUAACAUUUUCUUUUAGUUCCCAGAACGUUCUUCUGAAACUUACAUUCUCAAUCAACAUUCAACAGUUUUUUAAUAUUUAUAUAUUUUCUUAAUAUGUCUCAUUAUAUUUUCAUUGCAAAUGUUAUCUCAGCCCUCAAUAACAUGCUCUGAAGGUUGCUUUGAAAAGGUUCUUCCUUUGUUCUCAUGUAACAUUGUUGGAACAUUGUGGGAGAAGGGCCCGAGGACAGGGGCCCGAGGACAGGGACCCGAGGACACGGGCCAGAGGAUAGGGGCCCGAGGAGACAGGCCUGCUGUAGUUGUUAGUUUAAGCCAGCAGAUGGAGGCAUUUCACUGAGGGACAGAGGAGAAGCAGCUGCAGCAUCAGAGGUCCGUUUCACAAAGCAGGUUUAGUGAAAACCCUGAGUCUGUUAACCCUGAAAUGAGGGAAACUCAGAGUUUCCUAUCUCAGAGUAGAUCAACUCAGAGUUCAGGGUUACACUCAGAGUUUGUUGAACCUGCUUUGUAAAACGGACCCCAGACAGAUGUGAAAAUCAGACAAACUGUUCAGGAAGAUUAAAUAUCUAAAUGUGGAGAUUUUUCUAAAAUAAGAACAUUCAUAUAAAACCACUUAUAACGGAGGAUGUGUUAUUAUUGAUUAAUCUACCUGCCAGAAUAUUAAGUCAACAAAAUGAGCUCCAUCUUUAUAGCUGCAACAUUAAAGUGACAAACACAUGAAGGCAUCAACAACAACAACAACAACAACAAUAAUAGUGAUCUAGUCAUCUGCUUAUUCUGAAAUAGGACACUCUGCACAGUAAGUACUUUACUUUUGGUGCUUUUGGUAUAUUUUAAAGGUAAUACUUUUGUACUUUUUGAAUACAGGACUGUAAGAGAGUAUUUCUACACAUUGUGUUUGAAUUUUUCUUUUAGUUUGUCCUUUAAUUUGAUCUUUUAACUAGUUUAUUAUUAUCAUCAUCAUUAUUAAUGUCAUGUGUUUGCUGCUGUAUUUUGUUAUUGUAUUUUUCGAACAUGUUUGUUGGUUUCUGCUUCAACUCUUGUUUGGCUUUUUUUUCUGUAUUAUUGAUUAACUUCUAUGGAUUGAUCAGCUCUGGGCGUUACUGUUGCCUCGGCUUUUAUUCAUUUGUCAUAGCACAAACAUUGGUUUUUAAAGGUUCUAUAGAAAUAAAAUUAUUAUUAUUAUUGUUAUUA